UUGGGGAUACGGGCGUAAGCAAUCCUGCUUCAUCGCUUUAAAAAACCGCUUAUAAAUAAGCAGACCCGAGUUGACGUCUCACCGGACCGAACUUGUUCAUAAAUCCCCCCCAAAAUGUACGCCUGUGCAAAGUUCGUCUCCACGCCUGCUCUGGUCCGCGCUGGCUCCCGGGCACUCUACCGGCCCCUUUCUGCGUCUGUGGUGUCACGGCCAGAGGUCAGAACGGGAGAGGCCAGUGUGGCUCCCCUGCCUCAGAGCCCCUUCUCCCAGGUAGCGCUUAGAGGCUUCCAGACCAGCGCUGUUAGCAGGGACAUUGACACAGCCGCCAAGUUCAUCGGUGCUGGUGCCGCCACAGUCGGAGUGGCUGGGUCCGGUGCCGGAAUCGGAACGGUGUUCGGCAGCCUCAUCAUUGGAUAUGCCAGGAACCCUUCUCUGAAGCAGCAGCUCUUCUCCUACGCCAUCCUUGGAUUUGCCCUGUCUGAAGCCAUGGGACUCUUCUGUUUGAUGGUUGCUUUCUUAAUCCUGUUUGCCAUGUAAAAGUGUAUAUGGUAACGGUCCCAGACUGCAUAUGUAGGAAACUACAUUUUACAGUGGCUACCAAGAAUGUUCUGUGUUGGUAUAAAGAAAAUGUACCUUUUCCAAGUCUUGAUCAUUGUCAACAAAUAACACAGAUUGUAAAAAAAAAAAUGUACCCAAAUACAAAAUUAAACCCAUAUUUGACUAUUUAAGAAGCACCUGUAUGGUUUGUAAUGUGAAGAUCAUUUCUUACAGAUCUGCUUCAGAACUGAAUUGAGCUUUCAGAUGCUUCAGCAAUAGUCUAUCAAAUUGUGGCUUACUUUUGGGGAAGACUCAGUAUGUUGGGAAGCAUUUCACAUGUACUUGGACUCGACGUUUUAUCUGUUUGAGUCAUGGCAUUAUGUCAGUAAGCAGAAAUUACGUUAGGGUUACUGAGUGCAAUAUUUUGCUUUUGUGAACCAUGAAUAAAGGUAGAUGUCCAUAAACUAA